AUGGUUGAAAUCGUAUGGACGACUUACAUGCAGCGCGAUCUCAUGGCGGCCUUCGAUAUGUACAAUUUGGUCCAGAACUACUUCCUGCAUCAACAACACCCACUUUAUCUUCAGCCUGUUGAUGAAGAUGGACACUACCCGUGGAUGGAGGAGGACAGCAACCCGACAAGCCCUGCGGACGAUCGAGCUCUUAAGAGGGAGGCCCCUACGGAUAGGAUCGAUCCCUGUCCUGCCAACAAGGGUGCAUAG